AAAUUAAAUUGAUGGACCUGCAGAUGACCCUUUGACCAGUUGACCUGCAUAGUAAUUUAUUUUACAGGUAUUACAUGGAAAAUGUCAAUGACAGACCAAACAGAUCAUGACAAGCACAAUUACACUGUAAGUGGUCAAGUAACAUCCACCCAAGUAAAUAUGUGCAAUAAUCCAAAUAUAAUUGUACGACAACCUCCUGAUACAUAUAACACACCUUCAGGAUCAAAUGUAUCUACUUUGAAACAACUCACAGAGUCCCAUUACAUAACAACUGAAGAAUGUGUCGUCAAUUAUCCUAUGGUUAGACCCAGACGUGAAUUCCUUGACAUACUUAAACAAGUAGGAGCAUCAUGGGAAGUUUUAACAAGAAAAGAGGUCUGUAGUUUUCUAAAAGAUUACAUUGGUAGCAGACAGUUAUACAAUCCAAAUGACCCUAGUAUAGUGUUCUGUAAAAAAGAUCCUCUGGGAAAAGUAUUUGGAGUUGACAAAUUUACCUUUACAGAAGCAACGAAAUUGAUAGAUGCCAACUGCUACCAAUUACCUGACUCUUGUAUGGUUAAAAAAGAACAAUUAGUUGCUAGACCAAAGAAAAGAAGUAAUACUAGUACAUCAAAUCAAGAAAGAAGGAUAGUAACUGUUUCUUGUCCAAAGUUGAUUGACAUUCUUGUACAUAGUCCCAGUACUCAGACAACAGAACAGCAGAAAGCACAGAAUAAUUCCCAAGGCCAGUCAUCAGACACAAGUGCAAACAGAGUUAAACAAGCACAGAAUUUGCCAGCUGCUUCUACUGGUAGGAGGAGACAUAGAUGGGUAUCAGAAAGGGAAGAUUCUGAACCAGAUAUAAUAGCCAUUGAGCUAGAUGCUGACAAUGAUGAUGAUGUUAUAGGUGUAGAGGUUGGAACCAACGGUGCUGAUGAUGUUAUAUCUGUAGAGGUUGAUGCUGACAGAAUUUCAUUUGAGUAUGAAGUCUGUUCAGAUGAGGAUGAUAUCAUAUCCAGCACAGCCAGUGUUUCAGGAAUCUCAGAUACUAAUGUAGUGAUAAUAUGUGGUGAUAGUGAUAUGGAAUUUUGGGGUGAUUCUGAUUCAAGUGAUUCAGAAUUAUCAGAUGGGGAUAAAUGGACGUGCACAGAAUGUGAUACGAAAAACUCUCCUUUACAUGGUCAUUGUGGACAUUGUAAAAAAGUGCGUCCAAACUGGCUACCAGAGACUACACGAAAGAGGCGGUUGGAAAGAAUGAAUUCAAAAGACCAGGCACUUUUGUCUUCUUCCGAAUGCAGUGAUAUUUCUCAUAUCCCUUCAAAAUUUCGUCGCUCUUCUAGAGACCGUCUUACAUCGAUAGAAUUGGAAUCUGACAAGGACUUAAUAGUGGAUGAAGAGGACUCAGGAAUUAGCACCGUGUCUAGUCAGCAAUCUAGUCAAGAAAAUUUAGCCGACAAUAAACUGAAAUCCUAUUCUACGUUGAUAGAAAAUUCAUCCACGUUAGGAACGUAUAGAACUUUGCUAAACUUUCAAUCUACAGACUCAGCAAAAAAUAAAGAUGAACUGUCAGUAUCAGAUAAAAUGGAUAUUUCUGGCAAACUGCAAAAAGAAUCGAAGCAGCAAAAAUCUGAUAAAAUUUCUAACAAUAAGGAAUUGGGAAAUUCUCAAUCACAACUUGGUCAGUGCUGUAUUUGUUUCAGCCGGCCUAAAACUGCCAGCAUUAUUCAUGGCUGCACUGGACAUCAAGUGUGCUGUUAUAGAUGUGCCAAGCGACUGAAAAGACUUGCAAAACCAUGCCCUCUCUGUAGACGACCUAUUCAAAAGGUCAUUAAAAAUUAUUUUGCUUAAAUAUUCGUAUACUGAUUACAGGACAUAUUGUUAAUUUUCUUCUUUUUUGUUUUGUAAAUUGCACUGUCAUGACUGAAUUAUUAGCAAGUGAUCAAGUUUACUAAAACUGAUAGAAUAAAACUUUGACUUAAUUUGAAUUCGUUAUCUGCUUCUUAGGCUUCAGUAAACUUGCCAAUGAAAUGAUUAAAAAAAAGUUUUGAAUUUUCAAUAUUUUAAGUCAUUGGAAACAACCGUCCAGGUAUUUUUAAAGUUCAUUAAAGCCACAAUUUUUUAUAAUGGAAUUUUCAAACUAUUUAAUAAAUGUAUAUCUAAAUAAGACAAUCGUCUCAAACCAAUUUAAUGUCGGAAGAGGCCUGUGGUUUUGAAUGGCCUUUAGGGCUAUGAUAUUAGUAUGGUUAUCUAUGUAAGCAUUGUAGUACAUCAUUUGUUAAAAUCUCAGCAUUUUGUUUUGAUAAAUUAAAUUAUGCCAUUGUUUGUAUAUGUAAAUCAAUUAUUUAUUUUUUUUUACCAUAUAACUCACCUAUUUAUCAUGUUUAUGUUCACUGGUUUUUAUUAUUUAUUUUCAUGUACUGUUAUCUAAUUUAAGUACUAAUCAUAUUUAUUUUUGUGUCUUCACAUGGCAGCUAUUAUUGGAUCAUAUUUUUAGCAAUCUCUAUCAAUUAAUACAUGAAUGAUUGAAACAUUAAUCUAAUUCAUAAUUAUCAUAUUAGUUAUUGUAAAUGUUUUCUCUCAAAUUACUGCAAAGACAAAUUGUUCAACACUGUAGCUUCCAUUGGGUAUGCAUGUUUUAUUAACAAUUUCUAUCAUUUCAAUUUUAACUUUAUAAAUACCAUAAAUAUUUGCAGAGAUAUAUGUACUCACAUCAAUUUCAAAGUUUAAUGUACAAUUUAACCAAAGUAUUAUUUAUUGCAUAUAAUUCAAAAACUUCUACAAAGUAAUGUUCGAAUUUUAUUCUUAUUUUUACUGGAAAACUUAUAGGGACCUUUCUUUUUUGCUGCAAUUACUACCAAAGGUGCUAUUAAAUAUAACUUGGGGAAAAGCAUUUGAAGUAUAAAAAAUAAGAUAUGUUAGGUAACACUAAACACAAGUAUUUUUAUGCCCCCGCCAUAGCAUUAGGUUUUACCCUUGUCCUUCUGUACAUAUGUCCGUACAUCCAUACUUUUGAAUUUGUAUGCCCCGAAAUUGGUUUCCGCUCUCCAACUUUAGUUUGCCUCUACCAAAUGGUAUGAAUCUUGUACACAAUGCUUAAUACCACAAAACACAGAUCAAAUUUGAAUUUUGGUGUCGUCACUUUUUCCGCUCUAGAGUUAUGACCUUUACAAAUAGAAAAAAUUGCUGAAUUUUUCAUUUCCAUUCUCUAACUUAAGUUUGCCUCGCCCAAAUGUUAUGAAACUUAUACACAAUGCUUAUUACCUCAAAACUCUGAUGAAGUACGAAUUUGGGUAGCGUCACUUUUACUGUUCUUGAGUUAUGUUCCUUUAUCGUGUUAUAUGCAAGCGGGGGCAUCAUCUGUGUCCCAUGGACACAUACCCCAUUUAUUUUCUUUUAAACUAAUAUUUAUAUACAUUCCCUCAAACAAUAAUCAUUCAACACACUUCAUGCCAGGGAAGUGAUACCUAGUAAGUUUUAGUUGGUUAUUUGAAUUAAGUUACAGGUUGUUAUUGGUAGAUUUUAGAUAUCGAUGUUAAAUUGGCAUAAGGUUAGAAAUACUCAAUUAUUUGCAAUGGAUUUUUCACAGGGUUCUGGUUUAUUUCAAAAGAAGAAUUAGCAAACUAUAAAAAAAUGGGUAGCAGUCCUGUUACUAGAAAUGUCGGCCUUUUAUUGCAGUGGGAAAAAAAGGAUAUGGUUAUGAGGCAAAAAUUGACCUGAAAUGCAGUUGUUUCGGAAGCUUCCAAUUUCAGCACUUAAUGGAAAAGGCAAAUUUUGAAUGGUUCCUUUGUUUAUACAAUUUUCAACAUUUUAAAUAAUAUGGAUUUAAUUUUCCAAAAUUUUUAAACUUAAAUGGGUAAGCUUUCAAACAGAAGAGAUUCCAACCCUGCAUCAUCCAAUCAGGAGUCCGAGGGUUGACUGUAAAAUGUGUAAACAACUAAUUGGGCUAAUGUAACCAUAAACCCAUUCAACCUUUCUGCAGUUUUGUGAUCUAAGGGAGACAAUUUAGGUCUCUUAAUAUUAUAUAUUAAGCUCAUUACAACAGUAUCGAGGAUAGGGUAUACCAUAACAAUUUAAAUUACUUUUAUAAACACUUUGUUUUCUUAUACAUGAUUUUGUUUCACAUAAUUUUAUUGAAAUUACCGUAUUUAUAGGAAACGUCAUUUGUCUCCUUGAAUACAGACCAAGUCAGCAAAUAUCCAAAUCAAAGAGGAGAUAUCCCUUUGGUAAAUUAUUUUGGAGGACGAUUUGUUGUUGAGCCUCAGCUCAAACAAGUUUGAGUCAGGUCCAAAACCUGUCCCAGGCCUUUUUAUACGACCGCAAAAAAAUUUUGCGGUCGUAUAUUGGUAUGACGUUGGCGUUGUCGUCGUCUGAAGACACAUUGGUUUUCGCACUCUUACUUUAGUUUAAGUGAAUGGAUCUCUAUGAAAUUUUAACAUAAGGUUCAAUACCACAAAAAGAAGGGGUAUUGGUACCUCCAGGUAAGGAAUUAGGGGCCAAAAAUAAGCAUUUUUGUAACUUCCAGACAUAACUUGUGUGUUAGUGUAUGGAUCUCUCUGACAUUGUACCACAAGGUUCCAUAUCACAAAGGGAAUGCUGGGAUUGAUUUUGGGGGUAAUUGCCUCAAAAUUUAAUGAAUAAGGGGCCAAAAAAGGGGCAAAAAACAAGCAUUUUUCUAGUUUCAUGACAAUAACUUGUGUGUAAGUGUAUGGAUCUUUCUGAAAUUGUACUACAAGGUUCCAUAUCACAAAGGGAAAGCUAUAAUUGAGUUUGGGGGUAUUGCCCAAAACGUUUAGGAAUAAGGGGCCAAAAAUAAGCAUUUUUCUAGUUUCCAGACAAUAACCUGUGUUCAAGUGUAUGGAUCUCUCUGAAAUUGUACUGCAAGGUACCAUACCACAAAGGGAAGGCUGGAUUGAUUUUGGGGGUAAUUGCCUCAAAAUUUUAGGAAUUAGGGGCCAAAAAGGGGCAAAAAUCAAGCAUUUUUCUAGUUUCAUGACAAUAACUUUUGUUUAAGUGUAUGGAUCUCUAUGAAAUUGUACUACAAGGUUCCAUAUCACUAAGGGAAAGCUGGGUUUGAGUUUGGGGUAAUUGCCAUAAACUUUUAAGAAUUUUGGGCCAAAAAGGGCCUAAAAACAAGCAUUUUUCUAGUUUCCAGACAAUAACUUGUGUUCAAGUGUAUGGAUCUCUGUGAAAUUGUACUGCAAGGUACCCUACCACAAAGGGAAGGCUGGGAUUGAUUUUGGGGGUAAUUGCCUCAAAAUUUUAGGAAUUAGGGGCCAAAAAGGGGAAAAAACAAGCAUUUUUCUAGUUUCAGGACAAUAACUUGUGUGUAAGUGUAUGGAACUUUAUGAAAUUGUACUACAAGGUUCCUUAUCACAAAGGGAAAGCUGGGUUUGAGUUUGGGGGUAUUUGCCCAAAACGUUAAAGAAUUUGGGGCCAAAAAGGGGCCUAAAAACAAGCAUUUUUCUAGUUUCCAGACAAUAACCUGUGUUCAAAUGUAUGGAUCUCUCUGAAAUUGUACUGCAAGGUACCAUACCACAAAGGGAAGGCUGGGAUUGAGUUCGGGGUUGAUGAAUCAUAAGGGGGUUAAAAAAUUUGGGGGAGGGAUUUUUUUUUUCCUUUUUUUCAUUUUUUUUCUUUAAAAUUUUCAAUUUUAAAUUGGUUAUUUCUGAUUAUAUAUAAAAGCAAAUAAUAAUGAUAUGGUUUGAAUAGGUAAAUUAAAUUUUUUUAAGUUCUUAGACUUCAUUCAUUCUGUGUCAGAAACCUAUGCUGUGUCAAAUAUUUAAUCACAAUCCAAAUUCAGUGCUGUAUUAAGCUUGAAUGUUGUGUCCAUACUUGCCCCAACUGUUCAGGGUUCGACCUCUGCGGUCGUAUCAAGCUGCGCCAAGCGGAGCAUUUUAUUGCUUUUUUUUUUUUGCAAUAGUCCUCCAGGACCUCUCUUCUUUUAUACAUUGAAGCUUUAUACAGGACCUAUGACUUUCUUAAGAAGAACCUUUCACUUAAAUGAAAAUCCAAACGAGCCUGGACCUUUUUUGCCUAAAACAAAAUUUGAUUCAUGUUGUUUUCAUAAUAUUAAACCUAGUUCAUGGUGUUAAAUAGUUGAAACAAAUACUUGAAUGAAUACAAUCCUUAAUGGAUAAAUCACUUAAAACCACAUAUCAGAUGUCUAAGUAAAUCCAUGUUUUAUUACUUGUCAAUUAUUAUUUUAUUGGAUAAAAAAAACUUAUAAUGAUGUUAUGGUGAAAGAGAGUGAUUUUGUUGGCUAGUGGGAGGUUUUACCUCCCAGUCAGCAUGGUCAGGCUACUAUGCUUCAAAAGGGGGUUUCUAAAUUUUUGAACAAAAAUAUUGUGAACUCCAAACAAUAUUUGAGACUUAACCCGUAUGAUAUAGGACAUCAGUUAUAGUGAUUAAAGUUUGUUGUUUGUGAUAGAC